GAUUGAUUUUUAGAGGCUGCUGACAGCCACCUGACUGGACACACCGCAGGUCAUAUAAAAAGUGAGCUAUAUAAGAAAAUGUCCUGAUGCCUAAAUUCCUGGGUACGGUGCAGUUAUCGACACAAACACACACACCGAGGCAGACAAGAUGAAGCUGCUUCUGCUUUCUGCUGCCUUUCUGGCUGUGGCCAGCUGUGCGAGCGUCUCCCUGGAGGAUCUCGAGUUCCACGCAUGGAAGCUCAAGUUUGGGAAGUCCUACAGUUCGCCGUCAAAAGAAUCUGAACGCAAGGACAUCUGGCUAAACAAUCGCAAACUGGUGCUCAUGCACAACAUGCUAGCCGAGGAGGGCAUCAAGUCCUACCGUCUCGGCAUGACCUUCUUCGCGGAUCUGGAAAACAAAGAGUACAGGCAGUUGGUUUCCAAGGGGUGCCUGCUGCACUUCAACACUUCUAUCCCACGGGAGGGUUCCACCUUCCUGUCGUCGUUCCACGAAGCUGACCUGCCACACACGGUGGACUGGAGAGACAAGGGAUACGUCACCGAUGUCAAGGAUCAGAAGCAGUGUGGCUCUUGUUGGGCUUUCAGCACAACGGGAUCUUUGGAGGGUCAGACCUUCAGGAAAACGGGCAAGUUGGUGUCUCUGAGCGAGCAGCAGUUGGUGGACUGCUCUGGUGACUUUGGCAACAUGGGCUGCAAUGGAGGCCUUAUGGAUGACGCCUUUCAGUACAUCCAGAAAAACGGGGGAAUCGACACCGAGGAGUCUUACCCUUACGAGGCUGAGGACGGAAAGUGCCGCUACGACCCGGCCAACAUCGGUGCCACCUGCACGGGAUACGUCGACGUGAAAAAAGGUGACGAACGCGCCCUGAAGGAGGCAGUGGCUACAGUCGGACCCGUUUCGGUUGCCAUUGAUGCUUCGCAUGCCUCCUUCCAGCUUUACGAAUCAGGCGUCUACGAUGAGCCGCAGUGCAGCAGCUCGGAGUUGGACCACGGAGUUCUGGCUGUAGGUUACGGCACGGACAACGGACAAGACUACUGGCUGGUCAAGAACAGCUGGGGUCUAGAUUGGGGAGACAAGGGCUACAUCAUGAUGAGUCGGAACAAACGCAACCAGUGUGGAAUCACGACCGCAGCAAGCUACCCCUUAGUGUGAACACGUUUGGAGGGAAGGAGCCAGAGGAGAAGAAAAAUCACAGACAAUAUUUGAUUUUAUAACAAACUUGUACUUUGUAUAUUCUGACCUUUUUAUUAAUUUCCAUAUAUCAAACUGAUUACAAGACCUUCAUCACAAAAAUGUACCCCUCUUCGAAUUUAUAUAAAAGAAUCGGACUUGAACAAGUUAA